AUGGAUUCCAUGGCUCGUCAUGUGUCUUUUUUCAUGGCUAUUCUUGUGUUCAUGGGUUUGGCGGCUUGUGGAGGGGGUAAUGAUCAUACUGGAUGGAGAGAUGCACAUGCAACCUUUUAUGGUGAUUUAGGAGGUGGAGAAACCAUGCAAGGUGCUUGUGGAUAUGAAAAUUUGUUCGAGCAAGGGUAUGGACUAGAAACAGCAGCACUAAGUUCUGUACUAUUCCGAGAGGGAGCAAUGUGUGGUGCGUGCUUUGAAAUCAUGUGUGUCAACGAUCCUAAAUGGUGCAUAAAAGGUGCAGACCCUAUUAGAGUAACAGCCACCAAUUUUUGCCCACCGAAUUACACAAAGUCCGAAGGAAAUUGGUGCAAUCCACCACUUGAACAUUUUGAUUUAACAUUAAAAAUGUUUCUUCGCAUUGCAAAAUAUAAAGCUGGAAUUGUUCCUGUCAAAUAUCGUCGCGUCUUAUGCUACAAGCAAGGAGGAGUCCAUUUUGUGAUAAAGGGUAAUUCAUAUUGGAUUUUGGUAUUGGUGUACAACGUUGCACGUUCUGGUGUUGUUUCUGCAGUUCAAAUUAAAGGUUCUAAUACUAAUUGGAUGCCAAUGUCACGUAACUGGGGCAUGAAUUGGCAUACUUUUAGUCGUCUUGCAGGGCAAAGCUUAUCAUUUCGUGUAACUACAAGUGACGGCAAAAUGUUGCAAUUCAAUAAUCUUGUACCGGCUAAUUGGCAAUUUAAUUCUGUCUAUGAUGGAAAAAAGAAUUUUUAA